AUCUCUGUGCAAAAUGAUAAGAAAAAUCAGAAUGGUCAAUGAAUAAAUGAAAAUUCCGAUGCAAUUUAUAACUAAAUCUUGUCAUUUAAAAACGGAUAUUUCUUUUAAAUUACCCUGUGAUGCAGUUUUUGCUUUAAACGAUGGCUCAAGGUAUCGAAACAAGUGAAUUUUGGAAACCCAAAGUGAAUGGUUUCAAUAGCCAUUUCGUUAGCAAUGUUUGUCGAUUAUGUGCCAAUAUUUGUGAUAAUUUAGUGCCUAUUUUUGAUAAAAUAAACGAUAAAGGGAGUAUUUAUUCGAAACUGAAGAAAUGCCUUCCUUCCAUUUCGGUACUCGAGAACGAUAAUAAACCGAAACAGAUCUGUUUGGAAUGUAUCUCGAAGCUGGAAUUAUGUUUCUCUUUCAUCGAAAUGUCGUUAGAUGCAGAUUGCAAAUUCGAAGCCGCAUUACAAAGUCGUUCAGCUCCACAGAUACAUGUUGUGGAUGAUAACUUAUUGACCAAGGCAUUGGACUUUUCGUGGCUGCAAGUUAAAUCAGAAUCGUUGUGGAAUGAUAUAAAACAUGAUUCAGCCGAAAUAACUAAAAGUGAUCAAAAAAUACCUCACGUUUUAGUACCUGAAAUACAAAACCAAGUGUUUCAGCAACAAAAACAAUACCAACAAGUAGUUCAACUUCCUGCUGCGGCCUCGAACCAAUACCCAGUGCAAGAUGGAUCGAAUUUAGGAAUCGUUUUAAAUAAACAGGAUAUUAAUCAUAAUAUAUUACCUGGUGUAAUCGUUCCAGAUGGUAUAUCUUCUCAAGAUCUCAUUCUUCUUGUAGAGCUAAAAUGCAAAGAUAACGCUUCCGUUUCGCUAGUCAAGAAAAAUCAACCUAGCUUGGAAAUUCGUAGUAAACCCCCCGAACUGAAUAAUUAUCAGACCAAAAUCAUGGAUACCGGAGGUAACAUAAGAGUCGUUAAUGUUUCCGAUUUCGAGGGUAAAUUUAACGGCAAUCAGUCUGGUAAAAUGGCAUCAUUCGUGAACGAUAACGCUACCGCAGCUUCUCUUUUAAAAGCUCUCGAAACCGAAGUUCUCAACGGGGUUAUUAAAUUAGAAAAUCUGGAUGGUGAAAGUGUAACGUUGAACGAACCGUUGAAAACUGAAUCUGAUACGAACUACAAAGAUAAUUCCGUCGCGUCUACAUCGAGUGUUGAUUCGAUCAAGGCAGCUAGUUCUACCCAGCCGUCAGUGACUCGUGAUUUCGAAUGUAACGUUUGCGGUAAACUAUUCUCCAGACGUAAUCGAUUAAAUGCUCAUCUGGCUAGACACAGUUCAGUACGACCACAUUCGUGCGAUAAAUGCGAUCAGCGUUUCAUUACUCGUUGGGAUCUCACCCUUCAUUUACGUAUACAUUCCGGCGUAUUCUCGUGCGAAUACUGCGGUAAAGCGUUUCCAGCCAAAGGUAAGCUGGAACGACAUCGAAGAACCCAUACCGGCGAACGUCCAUUCCCUUGUGACUUGUGUAGUAAAGCUUUCAGUGAAAAACGAAACUUGGAGAAUCAUUUGAAGACUCAUGCUGCCGCAGAAGCGCGCAAAGCAGCUAAUACUAAUAGCAUAUGUUUAGGCUGCGGGUGUUCCAUUAUCAAUAAUGGUACAACCCCGUUAAAAUCUAAAUGCGAAACGUGCGAGAAAAAAGAUUUUUUUAACGCGUUCGUAGACUCGAAUACGAACCUUUCUACUCAAUGUGAUUUGAAUUUGACCAAGUAUCAAAGUGAUCAGCAAAAUCUCGCCAAUUCCAGUACCACUUCUAAUACACUUUCGAACUUCUUGAAAACCUAAUUACUGUACCAUACGUACGGUUACUUACUCGAUCAUCGUCGUUCGAACGAGAUGGUAAAAUUUCAUCUACGCGUGUAUCGACUCAUUCCUGUGAAAAUAACUUCGAAAAAUGGUAACAUUGCUCAAUUUAUUCAUUGCAGCAGGGUUUUGCUCAGCGAGUUGCCUUAUCCGAUUUAGGAUUAAUUUUUUAUUUCAUAUCAAUGUUACCAGUAUUGUUCCGUUUCCGUUCCGUAAACAGGCAGGAAAUCGAACUACCGACCACAGUUACUCUUAAAAGAGAUCUCAUUCUUAAAACAAAACAAUUUACCCAUCAAUUUUGUAUUUUUUUUCUCCUUAUCGAUUUAAGAUUAUUUAAAAAUAUUUUUGUUUCUUUUUUUUUACAUCGUUUAUGAGAAUAGCCUACUUGUUUUUAAGUUUCCUUUUUACGUUGAUUAGUCACAUUAUUUUUAUAUACUCGAUGGAAGAUAUAUUUUAUUUAAACGCAUUUGUAUCGUUAAUUAUUUAUUUGUCGUUAAGGUUUUAUAUAUGUUACAUAUUGAUUAUGUGUCUGCAAAUUCGAUGAUAAGUGGGAAAUUUAUAAGAGCAAGGCUGUGUUUAGAGUGUGUGAUAAUUUGGAAAUAGCUUGUCAAUUAUCUUUAUAUGCGAACAAGUUUGGAUUAAUGUGAAUUGUGAACUUUCAUGUUGCAUAUAGUGUGAUGUUUUAUUACGAUAUACUUAUUAUUACCAAUAUUUUGUUUUUGUUAUUUUUAUAGAAAGCUUUUUGUUUUGGGAUGUGUAGCUAGGGUAGCUUCACCGUCCAGAGGAAAAAAAUUGGAUUUGUUCGGCUCUGAAUUUUUAUGUAAUCUGAUCAAAACCUCAGAUCUAAUUAGAUCGAAGGAAUAUCCAGAUUUGAACUGACGAUCUAAUCAAACGUGUUCAAUUAAAUCUUAUCAUAUCCAAUCAAGUUUACUCUGUUUGAUUUGAACUGAUCGAAUCCGAUCAAAUUCAAAACUCAGAACUCUUGAUUUCAUCAGAUCUGGCCAGAUCAAAUUCAAUCCAGGGAAUGUCCAGAUCUGAUCAAAUCCAAUAAUUUUCCACUGGUCAAGUGUGCAUUUUAUUCAUUAACUUGUUCGGGUCAAAUGUUUUAUUUUUAUUUUGCUAAUUUUUCAAUUGUUUUAAUGUUUUUUGAGAUAUAAUCUUGUAUUUUACUUUCGUUGAGGGACUGUUGAUGUUAUUACUUUGGAACGUAAAUAUAAUCGUUUAUUUUAUGUA